UUGGACAGAUUCUCUUUGUCUUGUAUGCGGAGUGGUUGCUCGUUUCGAAGUUUAACAAAUUAUACAUUAAAAUUAGUGUUAAAAACAAAACUUAACUCAUAUCAAAUUUUAAGGACGCCGUUAGAAGUAUUACCUAAUAAAACGGAAAUGCCUAGCAUAAAAGUUUUAGAAAGUAACAAAAUUAGCACGCCUGAUUCAUUAAAUAAUGCCGUGGAAACCGGGGGCAGUGAUGGAUAUAGUUCCACAAAGGAAGUUCAGCCAUCUCAAACAAUGAUGAAUACUGCGGCCAACAAUAACGGAAUUGCAAAAGAACAGCCGGCAAAUCCAUUGCAACAAAUAAUCCUUAUAAUUGAGCACAAAAUUCGUAACUUAGAGAAGCGGAAGAACAAGCUGGAGUCUUAUAAAGCCACCGAAAAGGCCGGCAAGAAACUCACUGGCGAUCAAAAAAUUGCUGUUUCGAAGUAUGACGAAUGUUUAACAUCAUUGGAACUGACACGGGAGCUUUGCAAACAAUUCCAAUCGAUUGCAGCUGUGGCCAACAGAGAAGCUAAGAAAGAGGCAAAACGAAGCACGUUCGUUAGAGCACAACAAGAAAACGCAAAAAUACGGGAGGUGUUGACUAUUCAGGAUGUUCUGAUGCGUCUAACAAUAGAUACUGUACGUGAUGAUUUCCUUAGCGGAGAAAACGGCGCUUGCAAAAUAUCAGAAGAAGAUUUCGUUUUGUUGAAAAAGCUGCGUGAGGAAACACAACCGAAACGUCCAGAAAAUACUGCAGAACAUACUUUCGUUUCAUCUGUGAAACAAGCUGCUGAUCAUCUAUCUGCUGUGGCUGAUGGUAGGAAUAAGAUUUAUUGUCACUCAACUUAUGUGCACCUAAAAGCGGUCAUCGGGAAUAUACAGGAAUGCGGAUACUUUGAGAAGGAUAUUGUAACAGUAGAUGAAAAAGUCAUAGAUCAAGCUGCUGAAAAUGAAUCAUUGAACGAAGACGAUUCCGGUGCUGUCGUUGAAGAAAUUAAAACUGAAGGUAAUGGUCCAAAUAUUGAAAAUUUAGAGGAAUCUAAACCAGUAAGCUCUACUGAUACAGAGAACUCCUCGUCAUCUUCAUCAACUAAGAACGAUACGAGUAGCUCACAAAUUUUUGCAGAAGCGCCUGCAGCAGCAGCUGUUCCAACACCGUCGUUCCCUACUCAACCGAAUGUGAUGCGUCAAAAUGUAAUCCCUCCAGCGUCGGUUCCUACAGGAGUAUGUGCUACUAAUAGCGCUAUAAUUACGCCAUCAGUACCAAUUCCCGCGGCAGCAAUCGGAACUAAUUCGGCAAUGGCACCAACUAGUACGACUAUUGUUCAGCCAACAGCAAUUAUUCUCCCUACUGUGAUACAACCCCAAGCUGCCUCCAUCAAACCUAUUACUGGUCAGCAGAUUGGUGCCACCACGGUUCAAGCUGUAGAACAUGCCUAUUUCAAACAGCAUUAUAUUCAGCAACAGAUGCGUCCCAUUCAUGAAGUAAUUGGAAAUAGCAACUUUUUCUUCCUGCAAGAAUCUGAAAUAGACAAACCAGAUAUUGUAUCCACUCCUGUUGCUUUUGGAAAUUCCAUUCCAAGUAAUAAUACAGUAGGUAAUAUGGGGACUGCUCACCAAGCACAACAGCAGCAAUCACAGGCUUUUGCAAACCAAACAAGUAAUCUUUCAAUUUUACAAUCAAAUCAACAAGUUGUAGCACCUCAACCUUCGUCAAUAAAUCAAGCUCAACAGGCAGCUACGAUCUCAGUGCAACCAUCGUCGUUCAACAAUCAAACGUUCCAAAACAUCACGACUACUGUCAAUACAUUUAAUAAUUCAGAACAGAGGCAACAAAGUCUGCCAACUAAUACUACUCAUCAAAUACAGAACAAGACAUCGACUGUUUCAAAAUUGAACGAACAUGGUCAUAUUCCAGGAUUCGCAUCCUGUAGCACAAGAAUUGUAUCAACGCAAUCGGUAUUGCAAACAGCUCAGAAUACGCUUCCUAUGCAGCAGCAUCAGCCUUCUCAGAACCACGCACAGCCACAACUGCAAUCCCAGGCUCAGCAACAGUCCCCCGCGAGAAUAAUUAUUCAGCAAGGCGCUGCAAUAAAUUCUACGUACAAUUCCAGUAUUCAACAGUUUCCCGCUCUUAUACAAGGAUUGCAUGAUUCAUCUAGCCAAGGAGCUAACAAUGCAACACAGAAUUUGUCUACAAUAAUUGUUGAUUCAACGGCGGGAAAAAACAAACUAAUGAAUGUAUCGGAGAAGCUUCCAAAUAGUCAAACAUCUCACUUAAACCAGUCAUCGCAGAUUCCAAAGCAACAUCAUGACGGUUGGAAUAGAGGAACAGAUUUCGGUGCAAAUUUGACGAAAAGUGAUGAUCAGUGGUCUAAUAAUACGAUUGCAAUAAGUAAAACAAUAGAAGAGAGAUCUCAUGAUAAAGGACAAUACAAUUUACCUAGGCAAUCACAACAACAAUCACUCCAAGUGAUUUCGUCAAACACAUCUGGCACUCCAAACAAUGAAUCUCCUGUUCCUGUUAACGUGAGUCGUAUUCAACAGAAUGGUUCACAAACAGCAGGAUUUGGAACAAGUUGUAAUAUUCAAGAUGCAUCAACUACGCAUGGCGCUGCACAGCAAUCAACUUCCAUUCAACAAUUGCAUCAAACUGGACAACGCAAUUCUCGUAGUGCCUCAAACGCCCCUUUUAAUCAAAGCAAUGCGCGUUUUACUAAUGACGGUGGUAUGAAUAAUGCGACAGCGCCAUUUUUCAAAAACAACGAUAGAUUUUAUCAACAAAAUCAGAAUAACAAUUUGUCCUCAGGCAAAGUUGACACUACUUAUCAUCAACGUGGACCUAUGAUUAAAAGUCGGUCUGAUAGUAACGGCAAUCCUUCUUCACGCAGCGGUGCUUUCGGAUCUAUGACGGGAAGCAAUGGCACUGCUGGUACCAAUAACGGUAACACAUCUGGUGGCAUAGAUUAUCGAUCCAAUGCUCGACCAGUGAAUAGUACAAGGAACACAGGGCCACCAUCUUCUCGACCGCAUCAACGUAAUCAUUCCGGUAACGGCAAUUAUGGUGGACCUCGUGGGGGCUCAAACACAAGAGGGCAGUCUACUAUUAACGCGUAAAUUUUACGAAUAAAAUGUAAUCGUGUUAGAAAAUAUUACAACCAAUAUAUAACUCGCUAUUAUAUACUUCUUGGAACAACAUAAAUUUACGCAUGUAUGGUUGUAGUGUAAAUGGAAUCUUUCAAAUUGAUUGAUACAACGGCAUUAUUAUUAUUUCAAAAGUAAAUGAUAAAAUGGAAUGAAAUGCAACAUAUAAAGAAUAUUGAUUACAAGAAUACGUCUAUCUUGCUUUCCAUUAAACUAUAUAGCAGGUAAACAUAAAAGUCGUUGAUAAUAAACACUUUGAGUGUAUUUGGACAAAUAUAACAUAAUAGUUUGAUUCAUAAAUUCAUGGGUAUCCUACGAAUACUAGAUGAUUUCACGUUACUCGUUUUAUGGGCAAGUUUUUCCCCUUAUUCGCUAUCGAGAGGUUGAACUGAAUUUCUGUGUUCAGAAUGUAUGGUACUGAAAAGAUUAUUGAAUGUAUACCUUUCUUCUUCAAUGACACUUUCAGAAGGAACCUCGUGUUCUGUCAAAAAUGGAAACUUUUUCGCCAGAACAUGAAUGACACGUAUUUUACUCGAAAAAAAAAACCCGUUUCUGUUUAGAUAUGGACAGGAUAAUAAUUAUGAUGAAAAUGUGAAAAUUUAAAUUAAUCCCUUCUAAUCGAACCUUACUCGGGUUGUGUCGAUUUGAAAUGAUUUCGUAGCGCAUGAUGUUCGUGGGAAUGCUUCGUACAAUCCCGUACAACUGGAGAUAAUUCAGUAAUUUUUUUCAAAAUUUUGAAUAAACUUUAAAAAACGAAUUAUUGUUGAUUUAAUAAAUUUAUACGUAGAAAUGAAA